CUCGUCACUCGCUCGUUACUCGCUCAUCACUCGCUCAUCACUCACUCAUUACUCGCCCAUCACUCGCUCGAACAGCCUUCACUCCGCAGAGCUUGAUCCACGUUCCUCUUUGCCAGAACACUGUACCUGAUACCGUGGCAAGUAAGCCAGAACAGGAAUAACUGAACACUACAGAAUAUUAAAAAGUUUAAAUGUAUAAGUUGAGCUAUGGGACUCCUUAAAGCUUCCAAACACCUACUUAAUGUGGAUUGAAAACUUGUGAUGUUGCCCUGAUGUUUUUAUUCCUGCUUGAGGUGAUUAAGAUGUUCCUGGAAUAUGCCGGAGUCAACCUGAGCUCAUUGCAGCUGUUCUGGUCAGAUAAACCAUAUGGUUCAUCUCGUAGUAUUAUUCGGAGAAUAGGCACCAGCUUACCUCUAAAACCAUGCCCGAGAGUUAAUUUUCAGAUUUUUCAUGGCUUCAGAGAAGCGGCUCAGCAUUCAUCUGAAGCACAGGAUGGGACAGUUACUUCCCUGGUUGAUGUGGGGUGGAUUGUUGGUGAUCCAGGUGAUUCCUUUACCAAGCUGAGACCUUUCACCAGGGAAGCUUCCCUGCCAAAUAUGAGGAACCUCACAACAGAACCUGGGACUUCCACAGUGGUCAGUGAUGUAGCACUGGAAAAAAUCAACAUAUUGGAGAAUGAACUUGCUAAACUAAGGAAGCAGAUUGCAAUGAUUGUUACGGUACAAGAACAAAGCAAUCUCCCAGCAGUGACAUGUGACACUGUUCCUCAUCAUGUUCUGCCAUUACCACCACCACCUCCACCUUUACCUCCCCCACCUCCUUUCCACCGGAGUGUGUCUGCAAUUGACCUCAUCAAAGAAAGAAGGGGAAAGAAAGUUGACAGCGGUCAGAACCUACAUUGUCCUAAACAACAAAUGCCAAACAUGCUGGAAGUUCUUAAGGACAUCAGCAAAGUGAAACUGCGAUCAGUGAGGAAAUCUGUUGAUGAUGUAAAGUCCAAACGAGACGAAUGUUCAGACAAUCCAACAGAUUUAAUAGCAGCAGCUUUGAAACGGAAAUUUGCACAUCGCUACAAGAAUGACAGCUCUGGUGAAAGUGGUUCUUCAGAUUCUGACAUCAAGGCAAGCACAGAACUACCAAAGUUUGGGCAACAUUUGCUGAAGCCAACAGGAAAAAGAAAAUCGUCAUUGGAAAACUUAUCAGCCGUGAUCAAAAGCUCAGGCACAAAAAAUGAUUUGUACUUUUCCUCCAAAAUGAGUUCUAAUGAGACAAUUGUAUGAAGCAAUAUUGACAUCUGAUUUCAAUUUGCUAUAUCUGAUGCUUAUGAAAUCGCACUUAACAUUUGGUUCAUUGACUUGCUGAGAAAGAACGUAAAGCAAUUGUGCUUUGCACAUGUCCUUUAAUGCAAUUACAGUAGCAUAUUUUUCAAGUCAUAUUUUGUCCUAAUUUUUAAAUUUCAGAUAUAAAUGUUGCUCGUAUCACUACAGUUAUAAGAAGCCUGAUCUGCGUGGAUUUGCUAACUUGCGACUGCUAAUGUUAGCCUUCCUUGUAAACUAGCUACUUUUAAAGCCCACCCUUGUUGAUGUUUUUUUAUAAAUUGAUAAAGGAUUGAUAAAAUGAUAAUUUUGUUAUAUCUAAAUUUGUAAAGCAUCUUCAAAGUCUUAACACUUUAAUGCUGAUCCUUGAAGUUCAUAAUUCUGGACAGCAGGACCUCAAAGGAAUAUUUUAGAUACUGGAUAUACAUGUAUGCAGCAAUUUUAUUAAUUUUGCAAUGUGCACAUCUUUGUAUGAUCUGAUGUUAUAUGGAAAUGCUCUAAGAAUAGAAGUUGUUUAAAUAGGAAAUGUUAUGAUGCUACUUCAUGUUAGACCAUGAUGAUUUAAAAUUAUGAUGGGUACAUUUACAUUAAAACUACACGACAGCAUCUGGAAAAGCUCAAUUCCUAUUUUAGAAAAAUAUAUGUAUGGGUAUAGUUUUAGAAAAUCUCUGUGCAUACCAUUUGCUAGAUUGCUAGCUGUUAAUGUAAAUAUAAAUUUGCACCGUUAUUAUAUGGUCUAAAAUUAGUUCUAUUUCAACAGUGAGAAAUAUUUUAAACAUGUUAAUAGUCAUACAUUUUGUACUUUGAAUGGAAUGGGAAAAGUGCAAAUGGUUUUCACCUUAAACAUUGCCAUCUUGUCUGUUUUCUUUGGGUGGACUAGGGGACAAAAAAAAUCAAUGCUGUAAAGAAACAUGUAAUAUAUAUAUAAAUAAAUGUUGCAUGCUUUAUGGGUUAUUAAAGACAAUUGAAAUAUACUUCCCCUGCUCUGGAGCAUUUCCCCAACCAUGCCACUGGCAUAUUUUACCAAUUCUCAGGAUAAAUAUGUGAUUUGGAAGAAUUUUCUCCACUCUCCUUCUAGUUUAUAUCUUCCUCAUGUAGGAUUUGAAGAAUGAAACCAGAUUGUGUUAUCCAGUGGCUUCUCCACCAAUGCUUUUAUUUAUUUUUAUAUUAAAUAUUUAAAAUUUGUAGCCAAGACUCAUUCGAUCACACUUAAUAUUUGCUUGAAAUUUGUUUGUUUUUUAAACUUUAAAUAUUGUACUAUCUGAUUUGGUAAUGUAACGUAAAUGUUAAGCUUUCCUGACAAAUGAUCUGAAUGCAAUCAUUUAUCAUAACCUUGGAAAUAUGUUGGUUCUAUUCUUGAUCUGAAGUACUUUAUAAAAUAUAUUUGAAGAACUUGAUUGUAAUGCCUGCAUACGUGUCUCCUAAUCUUUUAGUAUGGUUUUACUGCUACUGGAAUAUCAGUAAACCUUUUAGCAUGUUGUGCAAAUUCACCACAAAUCCAAUGUAAAAGGUGAUUUAAUCAUUCUUUAAACUUUUGGGUUUUUGAGAACAAGAUACAAAAUAGGAUUGAUUUUGUGGCCCUGUUGUAAGUUUGAGAUUUGUGGACUCCAUCUAUUAGGUGUGCCAAAUUUAAGAUAGUAAUUUAUUAAUACUUUUGAUUAGGAUGUGAAAAAUUAUUGCUGUCGGCUUUUGCGGUCAGUGAACAUUAAUCAAAUAAACCAAUGACCUGU